AUGAAUUCUACAGCCUUAUUUGAUGAUGGCCCAGAAAUUGAAUUUUCAACCGAGAUCAUGUGCUCACGAUUUAGUCCUAUUACUCAAAAUCUUUGCUUAGCCGGUGCAAUUUCUGGUCAUCUGCACUGGAUACAAAUAAACGAUGAUGAAAAUGAACGAUCUAUGUCAAAUAUACGUUCGAUGAAAGUUCAUAAAAAAUCAGUUCGUGCCAUUGGAUUCACGCCUGAUAGCCAGUCGAUCGUAACUGUUUCUAAAGAUAAAUCAAUAAAAUUACGAUCAACAGAGACUGGAAAAAUGAUCACCAAAUAUAAGCGAGCACAUAAUUCUCCUAUAAAUUGUUUAUGUGUCGUUGAUAAUUGUGUAUUAGCAACAGGUGAUGAUGAUGGUUAUGUUAAGUUAUGGGAUUAUAGACAGAAAAAAUCCUUAGCUGAAUUUCAUGAUUGUGAUGAUUAUAUUAGUGAUUUAACUUGUGGAAGUGAUCGACGAACAUUACUCACGACAAGUGGUGAAGGUACAUUAACUGUUUAUAAUGUUCGGAAUAAAAAAUUACAAAUACAAUCAGAACUAAUGGACAGCGAUUUAACAGCUUGUCAGAUUGUUAAGGAUGGCACUAAAGUUGUAUGUAGUACAAUGGAAGGUGUUUUAUAUUUUUUCAAUUGGAAAGAAUUCGGUAAUAUGUCUGAUCGAUUUCCUGGUCAUCCAGGUGGCAUUGAAUGUCUUAGUACCCUUGAUCAAUCAUUGAUUGCAACUGGUUGUGAAGAUGGAAAAAUUCGUGCUCUUAGUCUUUAUCCGCAUCGAAUAAUGUCUGUUAUAGGUCGUACAAGUACAAUGCCAAUUCAAACAUUAUGCACAUCGUGCGACACAGAUUAUCUUAUUGGUACAUCGACAUCUCAAGAAACUUUACAAUUAAUUGAUUCCAAACAGUUAAAAACAAUAUUAAAUGAGAAAAAAAAGAAAGUUGGGAAGCGACAAAAUAAUUCAUUUUUUGCUGACUUAGAAAUGAAUGAGCAGACAAAGUUUGAUGAUGAACAAGCACAAUCUAGUGAUGAUAGCGAUAGUAGUGAUGAUCACUAUCAAAAGAAAAAACAACCGAAGAAAAAGAAAAAAAAAGUUGAUUGUUGA